GCGCUUGCUAUGGUUUUCACUGCAUCUCAUUUACUUGAGCAAACAAACAAACAAACGCUCUCACGAUCAAGUGCGGCGAGCACCUCUAGACCGACGCUCGCACGUGCGCACAGCUUCGCUGCCAGUUUCAGCGUCUUCUCUUAGAUCUUACUUAAAUCGUUGACGCUCUCUUUUAGACCUUUUCCUAUCAAUGAGCCGGCAGGCAGCGCGCUCGUCAGCGGCGGAGCCGUCGUCGCUUCACGAGCGACCCAUUCCCGAACUGCGAAGCGAAAUAAAAAAGUUAGAAAGCAUUCUGGAGGACCGCAAACUAUUGUUUGUGGAUCUAUGCGAAAUGAGCGGGACGUCGACAGCGGUGACACCUGGAACUGGUGCGUCCCCAAGUCUGCCCCGGAUCGCGGCUGCGUCCGACGACCUGGCCGCCGAGGCGCGUCAACUCGCUGCCCGCAACGCCUUCCUGACGAGCGAGAUUGCAGUGCUGGAGUCGAUGGAGCGGCAGUUCGCCAGCGACCCGCGCGUGCUCGAUAAGCGGAAUGAGGUGAAGCUGGUCAGGAUGCAGAUCGCACAGGUGGAGCGUGAUAUUGCCACCUUGCAGACGGUAAAGAAGCGCCGCGAUGUCGGCUUGCGGGCCAUUGGCAGGUCCGAGGAGCAGGUACGCCGUGCGCGUGGUCAGCAGCAAGAGGUGAACACCGAGCUGCGCGAAGAGGUGCGGCAGCUCACGGAAGAGCUGCGAGGGCUGGAGAGGACGGACAUCGACACGCACGAGCGGUAUGCGCGGCUGCAGGACCAAAUAAAGCUGUCGGUGACGGAUAACGAUGUACAGGCGCUGCGUGACGAAGUAACAAAGCUCGAGGCGGAUAUCGAGAGUCUGUUGGCGAAGGAGGCGGCGGUGCGGGAGAAACGGGCGUCUGCGCGGGACGAGGAUCACCGCAGCAUCGUGAAGACCCGCCGAGAGUGUGCCGCGAUGGAGGAGGAGGAGGCUCGACUGCGGAAUGUGCUGAUGCAGAAGGAUUUGGAGCUGAAGCGCAGCUACCAGGCUGUGGGCCGCCUUAGCAUUUUGGACCGUUAG